AUGGUUGGUACCUUUUUGUUUCAAAAAUUUGUUGUCUAUUGUUAUAACAAAAAAUGGGGGCAAAGGUAGUAGAACCCCCAGUCCAGUUCAGCCCCCCUUGACCCAGUACAAACCCCCUCAUCCAAUCUGAACCGCCUACUCGGGAUUGGGUUCUCUCGGCUACGAUCAGCCUUGCCUCCACGUCCUGCAAACUAUUAAUAUUUAUUGUCUGAUUAAGACACUCACUUCAACCCAAAUGUCGACUCCACCUUCAAACAAAUCUACGACUGCGUUCUUGACUUCUACAGCGGCCAAUGCGAUCCGAGCCAACCCGAAGAUUGCAUUGAUGUCAAGAAGAACAUUAACGAAAACUUUGCCGACCUCUUCGGCACUCGAAUGGCCUACUUUGCCUACAAGCGAGCAGCUGCGAGCGAGCGAGUAACGAAAAGACCCAAAAGCAAAGUUUUGGAGAAAUUUACGGACGAUCAGCUCUUCUUUAUCAAUCUGGCGCAAACAAUUUCCAGGUUCCUUCCGAAGUGGGCAAGUCAUCUCACUCCCGAAGCCGUCCACUCCCCAGCCAAGGUCCGCGCGUGGGGCUCCAUUGCCGGAUUGAGGGCGUUUUCGAACGCUUUCAACUGCUCGGCGGGAAGUAACUACUAUCAAACGAAUGGUUGUACACUUUUUGAUACCAAGAUCGAACCGGAUUACAACAUAACUGACGCCGUUUUAUAAUACAAUAAUAAAAAUUUUCUAUUAGUGCAAUUACAAAAUUGCUUUUUUCAGCUUUUUACAGGUAAUUUCCAAAUAUCUGCCCAACUUUGUUGGAUUAUUUGGAAUAUCAGGUGUAAUUCAUUCGUUUUUUACAAGGGAAGUAUCAAUCUGUCGGUAAAAUAGUGAGCGCAAUAUCGUUUUCUGUUCACUUUUUUCCAUUACAAGGAAAAGUGUUUCACGGCCACAUUCUUCCGCACACAGGGAGUAGCAUUUGAAGUUUAGUACAAACUGUGAAUCAACGGAGUGUUCCGACAUUUCAAUGGAACAUUAAUUGACUCAUGGAUCAGCGUGUAUAAAAGAGAUCCUUUUGAAAAGCAAUGUAAAUAGAAGCAAUGGAGGUGCUAUUACUAGUCCUCAGCGCAUGUUUUAUAGCGUCAGUGGUGGCUGAGAAUGUUGAAGACAAGAUACUUCGGGAGAAGGCCCGGUUCAUGGAGAUGGGAAUGGAUGACACCGCCGAUCCCUGCGAAGACUUCUGGCGCUAUGCAAACGGCAGGAGGAACGCUACUUUAUACGAAAUAAACAAAUUCUUGGAGGCAAGGAGGAUUCUGUUAAUGGUAAAUCCCAAGUACAAUGUAGGUUUUCAUGAGAUUCAAUCUUUUACAUUAUGGGACCUGAUCCAGUGGCGAAAAACGUACCAUUUUGGGGAAGUAUCAAAAAUGUGGCAAAAUGCCUCCCUCUCCAUGUGAAAAAAAACUCCGAUCUUUUUGUGAAGAAAGGGGCGCGCCCUUCAAAACGAAGUUUUUUCUUUUGGAGAGGGAAGCAUUUUGCCACUUUUUUAACACUUCCCGGAUGCAAAACGAUUCCUUUUUUGCCACUGUAUCAGGUCCCUGACUGUAUGUUUAGGGAACAAGUCAAGUCACAACUUUUUUUCAGGGAACUGCUAUGCAAACAGUAAAGAAUGAAUACUUGAGAUGCGUCUACAAUCCGCAACUCUAUCUCCCGAAGAUAGCGGCAAGCCAAGCGCAGAUCGCGGAGAUCGAGGAGUUCGAUGCCAAAACCCGCGACAGCUUGGCUUCGAAAGACGUAGAGACAUAUCUAUCCGUUUUCACAGAGGGCUGCAGACUCCUGUUCAAAUACGGGAGUGAAGCCGUAUUUCACCGUAUGACAUCGUACAUACUGGGAGAUGGCAGACUAUAUUUACCGUCUCUGAAAAUAACGGAGGAAUUCGAGAUCGAGUUCAAUACCUCAGCUGUUCCGUUUCCUUAUGUUGAAUUGAAAGCAAAUUUUCUCUCCGAUAUCUUCGGCGUUAGAUUUGAGAUCAACGAUUUGCCGGUUUUCUUAAUUCUCCCACAAGACAAUCAAGUAGGUUCGCUUUGAAUGCUGUCAGACUCUGAAUAGUUUAAAGGUUGAAAAUGUCAGUCUGUCAGGAAAAUAGUGAGCACUCUGUAGCGUCUAAAGUCGCCGGGGAAAUGAAUUGUGUCGCGGCAAAAUUAAUUUGCUUUUCACUUUAGUGACGCGAUUGGUGUUGCGACAUUGCGCUUACAAUUUUCCCGACAGACUAAUGCUUAACGAGAGAUUGCCAUGGCCAAAAUUUCGGCUCCGGCUCUUAGCUAUAAGAGUGAGAGUCGAGGCCAAAUUUGCAGCUUAGGUUCCUGCUCCCGUGCACAAAUUUUUUUAUAAGAUAUUUUUCCAAAAAUAAAAGUUAUUAGUGCCGGAGAUGACACACCCAACGUUUUUGGGGCAGCUCAUAAGUAUGCAACACAUCCCUCCCAGUAUUUUUCAAGCAAUUGGCCAAACAAGAUCACAAAAUUUUUACUUUACUAAACGCUGAGAAACCUCGCUCCAACUUUGGACUCGGGAACCGGAGCCGCUCAGAGCCGGAGCCAAGAGUCGGCUCCGGAGCCGUGGCAACCUCCGUACCUAUUGUCACUGUUUCAGACCGAUGUUAGACAAGCGAUACUGACCAGGCUUUCGACGGAGCUGUGGAAGACAAUCACUGUUCCGCGAUUCAUGGAUUGCGAGUCCUUCCUUCGAGUCAGUUUCCCUGCGUAUUACGCAAAAAUGGUGUACGACUAUUGGGGAGCCGAAAAUAUUAAAAAAGCAGAUCAGAAGUACCUCGAAGAUCUUAGCCUUCUAGUUGAUACGGUCAACACAACCUUCCGGUUCAGUAACGCGCUCAGUGAGAACAUGACAGCAGUUCUACAGAAAAGAAUAGACGCCAACAGAUUCUUUGGCGUCGCGCAUCCCAUUUUUGAGGAUGAAGAGUUUUUCAAACACUUUUCCGACGUUGUGUUGGAACUGCCGUACCAGAACAGAUGGCUGAACAAGUACAGACCACUUCUGCAAGCUGCAAGUGGGCACAAUUAUACAUACUUGGCCGUUCCUGAAUUUUUUGUAGGUCUUUUGUCAUCAUUUACUUAUUUCCAAGAUAUCACUUUAUGUUCAAUUUUCUAGUUCAACGCUUUCCACACACCACUCACACAGCUAACCGUCAUUAACCUACCGAUUCUACAGCCAUUAUAUUUUCAUCCCACCUUCUCGCCGCUUCUACGGUUCUCCGGCACCGGGUUCGUUGUGGGCCACGAGUUUGGACACGAUUUUGGUAAGCGUAUCGACCGAAAAGUAUUGUGCUUUCAUGUCGUCAACGUUGGGUUUGUGGUUGAUGACUAAACUAGUUUAAAUUCACCAUCCUCUCUUCCAGACAAAAACAUUGAAGAUCCGGCGUACAGUCAGAUUUUUGACUGUUUGUAUCAGUACUACAACCACCAAUGUGACCCCGCCGACCCCAACAGCUGCAUUGACCCCGUGCACGACCAAAGCGAAGAAUUCGCCGACGUCUUUGGAGCUCAGAUGGCCUACCUAACCUACAAGAGGGAAGUGGAGGUGCGCGGAGUUGGGCGGCGCCCUCAAGGCAAUCUGUUGGACCGUCUGAGUGAUGACAAGAUAUUUUUUAUAAAUUUGGCGCAAGGGUUGAUGGAAUUCCCAAAGUGGGGAGAUCUCGACUUCACUACCGACACCCAUCCACCAGCGCAAACGCGUCUUUGGGGAGCCUUGGCCGGACUACCAGCCUUUUCGAACGCCUUCAACUGCCCGAAGCGAAGCAAAUUCAACCAGGAAGGAUGCAUACUGUACAACGAAAAAAUCCAGCCCGAUUACAAUUUGACUGACAUAUCAAACCAAUGA